AGUACGCGUGCGCAGUGCUACGAGCGGACAGCUCCAGUGCUGAUGUUGGAGCCGGUUAGAGAAACCCAAGAGUGCAGUGUGGAGCGUGCAACACGCCGGCUGCACGCUUGACCAAGCGCCCGGGCCAGCUCCAUUCUAGUCAGAGAGAAAGGACAUUUGCCUACAAUGAGACACGAAGCGCCCAUGCAGAUGGCCUCUGCCCAAGAUUCCAGGUAUGGCCAGAAAGAUUCCUCGGAUCAGAACUUCGACUACAUGUUCAAAUUGCUCAUCAUUGGCAACAGCAGCGUGGGGAAAACGUCCUUUCUGUUCCGGUAUGCGGACGACUCCUUCACAUCUGCAUUCGUCAGCACAGUUGGGAUCGAUUUCAAAGUCAAAACUGUAUUCAAGAAUGAAAAGAGAAUCAAGCUUCAGAUUUGGGACACGGCAGGCCAAGAAAGAUACAGGACGAUCACCACAGCCUACUAUCGCGGUGCUAUGGGAUUCAUUUUAAUGUAUGACAUCACCAACGAGGAGUCUUUCAAUGCUGUACAAGACUGGUCAACACAAAUCAAAACGUACUCUUGGGAUAAUGCCCAGGUUAUCCUGGUUGGGAACAAAUGUGACAUGGAAGACGAGCGGGUCAUCUCAACCGAGAGAGGCCAACACUUAGGAGAACAGCUUGGGUUUGAGUUUUUCGAAACCAGUGCCAAGGAUAAUAUUAAUGUCAAGCAAACAUUUGAGCACCUUGUGGAUAUCAUCUGCGACAAGAUGUCAGAGAGCUUGGAGAGCGACCCAGCCAUCACCGCCGCAAAGCAGAGCACGAGACUCAAAGAAACUCCUCCGCCGCCACAGCCCAACUGUGGAUGUUAAUGGCUGCACACACACACACACACACACACACACACACACACACACACACACGGGCAGCUCCAGGGGGCUCUGGUUGCCAAGACAUAGCAUUUAUCAAUGGUCUAUUAGCCUUCACUUCUACUGCCUAAUAAUUCUUUGAAGGAAGUCUUUGAUGUCAGUGGCCCGUUCAUGUGUUCACAUCUUGGGAGGUUUACUCUGUUAAUACAUGGCUAAUACGUGAUCUUAAAUAUGUAAGGACUACCCAUCUACAAACAUCCAGUACUUGCAUGUGAUUUGUUUUUCAUUUAUCUUAGAAGCUCUUUUUUUUUUUUUCAAUUUUUUUCUCAGUUACGUUACAGCAGAGAUCUCAACCCAUAAUUGACAAGUGACUUGUAUGCUGGAGAUUGCAGUUAUAUGCUAUUUACUUUAUUGGGGUAAUGACUUGGGAAUUGCUCUUACGUGUCUCUGUGUGAGAAGGGGGCAGAUGGCAGGAGGAUUUUACUUUCCUCUUAACCGAAAAUCAAAUAGAGAGGCCA